UGAUGAAGAUGAUGGAGUCGGGUGGGUUGGUCUUGCGAUAGUAACGAGACGUGCUGUAUUUUUAAGUGAGUUGGGAUGGCUAUUUAAAAACAUACAUGAAAACAGACCCCAAACCAUGGCCCAGGUGGAGAAGAAGGCAGGCUUGCUGCGGAAAUCGUCUGCCUCUAAGAAGCCUUUGAAGGAGAAGGUGGUCCUGAUGUAUGAUAUGAUCUUUGCGAGGGAGGACCCUGCAAAAAACAACCCACGCUUUUGGGAAGAACUUUUCCUAAUGAAGGUGAAUCUGGAGUACCUGGAGGGAAAGCUAGAAUCUCUGGAUGGAGAUGAACUGAUGAAAAUCAAAGACAACAUCAACAGCCUGUUCCAACACUGCAUUCAGGCUCUGGGAGAGGAGCACCAGAUCAGAGUUGUAAAUGCCUUGCAGACUUUAUGUGCCCUUUUUCGAGGGGUUCACCAGAAGAAUAAGUCGACAUCCGGCUUUGACAUCAUCAACAUGCUGAUGGGCUUUGACAAGGCAGUGCUACGCAUGAAGGACUUGAUGGAGAGUUUGGAUACGCUGCUGUGUGGUGAUGGAUCAGAAAGCCUAAAAAGCCUCUGUCUGAAGCUUCUUCUCUGUUUAGUGACGGUGACUGAUAACAUCAGCCAGAACACAAUCCUGGAGUACGUCAUGAUCAACAGCAUCUUCGAGGCCAUUCUGCAGAUUCUUUCCAGUUCUUCCAGUAGGAGGCAGCAUGGCUAUGACACAGUCGUCCUCCUGGCUCUUCUGGUUAACUACAGGAAAUACGAGUCUGUAAACCCAUACAUAGUGAAAUUGUCUAUAGUUGAUGAUGAGACCACACUAAAUGGAAAGGGGCUGGUGAUCUCACAAGCCCUGUCAGAGUACAACAGGCAGUACAAAGACAAAGAGGAGGAGAACCAAGGGGGCUUUUUCUCCGCACUCACCACCAUGGUGGGCAGUAUGUUCAUUGCAGAUGCAGAGGAGAAGAUCUCUGUACAGACCAAUGAAGCGAUUCUUUUGGCCUUAUAUGAAGCAGUCCAUUUGAACAGAAACUUUAUCACUGUCCUUGCGCAGAGCCAUCCAGAGAUUGACUUGGUGACGACACUCUCGGCCCCAGUUCCAACCACGCCCACAGCGUCGCUGGGAACCGCCCCUCCCUCAGUGGAUGUGAUGAGUUCCACAGAGCUGCCCCUUGACCCCAACCUCCAGACCAGUAAUCUGCUCAUCGCCUUUCUCAAGUACUCCUCCAUCGUCAUGCAGGACACCAGAGACGAACACAGACUGAAUAGCGCCAAACUGUGCCUCAUCAUUCUGACGUGCAUAGCAGAGGAUCAAUACGCCAACGCCUUUCUGCACGACGACAACAUGAAUUUCAGAGUUAACCUGCACAGAAUGCCCAUGAGACACAGGAAGAAGGGAGCAGACAAGAACAUCCCCUCCAGACCCCUGGUGUGUGCAGUGUUAGAUCUGAUGGUGGAAUUUAUAGUAACUCACAUGAUGAAGGAGUUUCCAAUGGACCUCUACAUCCGCUGUGUGCAGGUAGUUCACAAGCUGAUCUGCUAUCAGAAGAAGUGCCGAGUUAGACUACACUACACUUGGAGGGAGCUGUGGGCAGCGCUCAUUAACCUGGUGAAAUUUCUCAUGUCAAAUGAGACCGUUCUGCUUACCAAAUACAACAUCUUUCACCUGGCACUGCUGGUGAUCAAUUUAUUCAACAUGUUUAUAACAUACGGCGACACCUUCCUGCCGACUCCCAGCAGUUAUGAUGAGCUGUAUUACGAGAUCGUCAGGAUGCACCAGGUCUUUGAUAACCUCUACUGUAUGGUGCUGAGGCUUUCCACGAAUGGUGGACAGUGCAAAGAAGCUGCUAGCAAAGUCACUCUCGCCCUUGUCAACAUCAGAGCUAUCAUUAACCACUUCAACCCCAAGAUUGAAUCAUACGCUGCUGUGAACCACAUCUCCCAGCUCUCAGAGGAGCAGGUGCUGGAGGUAGUGCGCUCGAACUACGACACGCUGACACUAAAGCUGCAAGACGGGCUGGAUCAGUACGAGAGAUACUCUGAGCAGCCCAAAGAGGCAGCCUUCUUCAAAGAGCUGGUAAGAUCCAUUAGCCUGAACGUGCGGAAGAACGUCUCCCUGAACACCCUGAGCCAGGACGUCCUGCUGAAGGAGUUCUCCUCCAUAUCCUGAGGCUCUGGAUCCCAUCGCUGCAGGCACUUCACAAGCACUGUGAUCUCUAAACUCACUGCAAACACAUGGGAAUAAAACCAGACUUCUUAAUCACUGUAAAGUGUAGAGAGGUGUGUCUGGACUGAGAUUGCCAGUCCUGGCUUCUGCCAGAUCGAUGUGGGCAUUGUGUGUGUGUGUGUGUGUGUGUUAACGGAUUAAUUCUUAUUUUAUUAUUCUUUGCUCGUAUAUGUACCCUGCCUUUUUAGAUCCAACAGCUUUAAACACAGCAUCUCACACACUGACAGCCAACAAGCUUAAUACAAAGAGCUUGGUACUGGAUAUCUAAAAGACGGACAUUUCAAGUUAGUACUGAGCACUGUGGGGGGGGUAUUGAACACAUCUUGAUGCAGAGAUGCACAUAAAUAGUACAUAAAUAUUAAUCAAGAUAGUAGUCUGAUGAUUUUAAAGAAGUUCCUCAUUCAUCACAUUGUGUGUUUCAGUGUGGAGGAAAGUGAGAGGGCAUUAGGAACUGUGAAAGUGGCUGAAUAUUAUAUUGAUCUCUAAAGCUUUUGAAUUAAUCAUCUGGUCCAGUAAAUCAAUGUAACAAUUUUCAUGCUUCAGAAUUGUAUUAUCUAUAAAAAAAAUGGUGUUCAGUGUUAUUUAUAUGUAGUGUUUCUUAAAAUAGACAUUUUUCUAACAACA